AUGAACGGAUCCUCCCCGGUGGUGAAGUUCAAUGCUACGGGCUGCAGGAUCACGGCAGAAGGCCCUAUCCGAUAUCAAGUCCGGAACCGGCAGCACCUUCCCAGCGGGACGGGGGGCGGGUGUGGGCCCGCCGGGGUCUGGAUUGAGCUGGUUGCACUGCUGCCCCACCGAAAGAAAAGGAGAGCCACACACCCCCGGCACCACGUGUUUAUGGUGGUGGUGGUGGUGGUGAAAGGAAGAACCCCGGAAGGAAGAACACACCAGUACGACACCAGUACGACCAAAUCCAAGAGUGAAACCAACCAGGUGAAAGAGGAGCCGUCACCGGGGUCACCCGGGUGGGGCGGUCCAAACGGUCUGAGGCCCGACAUGACCUGGAGCGGAGGGGCGGGGAGGGGAAAAGGCGACCGAAGCCCGCAGCUGCACGCGGCACACACCGCCUCAGACGCGCGCGCUUCACCUCCGGUGGGGCCCCCCCACCACCACACACUAUCAUGUACAGCGGCCCUACUACGUGGUAGAGUCCUAGACUUCCAUUGCGAUCAGGAUCGGGAGGCAACACAACAUCACCCACAGGGGACAUCGCCCCAGGACUAUAGGCUCAAAGCGCUCUGCCGCUUCAAGCUCCCCAAGCCAUGUCGUACAACCGUGUGCCGUCGCCAGAUCCGUAGGCCCCCCAGCCACUGCAGCUACUGCGCCAAUGUCUCAGUUGUGGUGUCCGCGAAGGCGGCCUUCGGCCGCUUCCGUACCACCUCGCCAUUCGGCCUACGGGCCUAUCCGCCGCCGCCGCCGCCGCUGCCGCCGCUGCGGCGGCUGAUGCCGAAAGGGCGGCUUCGCGCGCCGGCCACAAGCAGCGUCGUCGCCGUCACUACUCCUACGGCCCGCAGCCGCUCGUGCAUCAGCGCUGCCGCGAUUGCCUGGCCGACCCAGCUAGCCACGCCGGCGCCGCUGCCACAGGGGGCUGCUCGCGACUUCUCGUCACCUUCCCAGGACUGCGGUUGCGGCGAAACCGCCGCCUGCGGUGCCACUGUUCUAGGCGUCGCGGGGCCACCUCCCGAGCCUGAGGAGCAAACGCCAGCGAUGCCGCUGCCGCCGCCGCCGCCGCCGCCGCUGCCUCGGCGCCGCCGUCCCGGUGUCUUGCGGCCCUUGGGUACGGCCCUGGCGGCGGCUGCCCACAGAACUGCCUGCUCCACCUCCUUAGGGCCUAACUUAGUGUACGGCUCCUUCCAUGGCUUGGGCACCCAGGACCCCUCCUGUCGACCUUACGGCAAUAACCCGGCCCGACCCACACAACCCCACACCUGCUCAGUAGUAAGUAUGUAUGUACGUAAGUGA